UUACGCACCCAACUCUCUCUCUCUCUCCCAAAACCAUCCGAAUCUGUGUGUUCUUUCUUUCUUUCUGCUACUCUGUAUCUUCCACUUCACCUAUGGUGAGUCUUUUGUUUAGAAUCAUGAUACGUUUGAUUCAUUUAUCGUAUUAUUGUAGGUAAAUUUCAGAGCUUUACUGACUUCACACAAGUACACGAGAGAGCUACUUCUCUAGUCCGUGCUUGUGUUUGGGUUUGAUUAGGAAGGUAAAAUGGUCGUGGAAGAUUGUGCAAAGAUAGUCAUUACCAAAAAAAAAAGCGGUCUUUUUAAGGAUUAUAAAAGUCAGUUAUUUUUUAUUUACUGUGGUAGCUUCAGUAGACGAAAGACUCUUCCUAGCUAGUAACUCUCAAAUGGAUGAUGGUGGUCGGCAUAAAGCACCUCAGGGCCAGUGGAUGAUGCAGCAGCAGCAGCAUCAGCCAUCGAUGAAACAAGUGAUGUCGAUAAUAGCAGAGCGCGACGCAGCGAUCCAGGAGAGGAACCUAGCUAUAUCAGAGAGAAAAUCAGCUGUAGCUGAGAGAGACAUGGCGUUUCUCCAGCGAGAUACCGCCAUCGCUGAGCGCAACAAUGCGAUCAUGGAGAGAGACAGUGCUCUCUCAGCGUUACAGUUCCAUGACAGCUCCAUGGCUUCCCCUUCUUCCUCUGCAAAGCACAUGCACCAUCAUCAGCAACAUCACAUACUUCCGCUGAGUGAAACUCCAUAUGAUGGUCUCCUUACAUCACAAUUAGCCUUGGAAUCUGCAAAACCAAAACGUGGCAAACGAGUGAGAGACCCAAAGAACACUGCUGCUAGUAAGAGAGGGACAAAGAAUCAUAGGAAGGUUAAGAAAGAGAAGGAAGACGAUUUGAGCAAGAUCAUGUUUGUGAAGACAACAACCCUUGACUACGGCGAAGAAGAAGUUAACCAGGUUGUGUAUGACGAGACGACAAUGCCACCACCUGUCUGUUCAUGCACAGGAGUUCUCAGACAGUGCUACAAAUGGGGAAACGGAGGUUGGCAGUCAUCGUGUUGCACGACCACAUUGUCGAUGCAUCCGUUACCAGCACUGCCCAACAAAAAACAUGCCAGAGUUGGGGGAAGGAAAAUGAGCGGAAGCGCCUUCAACAAGCUACUAAGCAGGCUUGCUGCACAAGGGCAUAGUGAUCUCUCAGACUCUGUUGAUCUCAAGGACCAUUGGGCAAAGCACGGUACAAACCGUUAUAUUACGAUCAAAUAAUUAUGUGUGUAUUUUAGGUGUUAGAGCAUCAGCAUCGCUAGGACUUUUUUCUAAGUCCUUAGGUUUUUAAAAUAAUUUUUGUAGCUUAGGACUUUGAUUAGGGACUUUUUUCUAAGUCCUUAGGUUUUUAAAUUAUUAUUAUUAUUAUGUACUAAAAGAGGAAAAGAAUUGUAUGUGGAGCCA